CCCAGCGAUCCAGCAGAUCCAGACGCAGAUCCACACAGGACGGCAGAGGGAUACUAUGGAUCCUUUCAACCAAUUCAAGCGCGAAGUCACGGGCUUCCCCAGCCUGGGAGUCGACGAGGACCGGGAAGAGCUGCGUGAACGCAAGCAAGUAGCGAUGUCGCUUACCAGAAACGGAGAGGCGGAGAAAGCCGGGGCCGAGUUCGCACCUGAGCAGCAGGCGGCAGGCAUACGAAUCAAGGAGGAAGAAGACAGCGGCGACGACGGUGCUGGUUAUGGCCACAGCAAUGGCAGAGAAGGGGCCGGCAACGUGGGCGCUGGAUAUCCGUGGCCCCCGGGCUGCGAAACCCGCGAUGUGGGCUGCGGCCGCAGCCCACGGCAGUUGGAGCUAGUGGAGCCGAAGCAGGAGGAGCACGAGCCCCCUGCCGCGGCUCCGGCUCCGGCUCCGGCUCCGGCUCCGGCUCAGGCUCCGGCUCUGGCUCCCGCUCCAGAAGGGAGGCAGCCGGUGGGCCCCCGCAUCGUGUUCACCCAGCUGCAGGUGCGCCAUCUGGAGAACGUGUUCAACUACACCCAGUAUCCCAGCACCACCAUGCGCCAGGAACUUUCGAGAUUCAUGAAUGUGCCUGUAGCCAGAGUGCAGGUUUGGUUUAAGAAUAGGAGGGCCAAGUUGAGAAGACAGCAGAGGGCACUGAGAUACAGAAACAUGCCCCCCAUGGCCAUGGCCCCCCCUUUCAACUUUAACGUGGGUGGACCCUACCGUGGCAUCUUCAAUCGGGGGCCAGAUUGUAUGUGGAUGCCUCAGGAGCCAAUGAUGCCGGGGCCACCUCGCCCGCCCAUGCCACCCUUUCCUCCUAUGUUCCUGCCUCCUCCUCCCUGGUUGCAUCCACCUUUCCCUCCCUGUGGCUGCCCUCCACUGUUUCGUCACUGUGGCUGCCCUCCACCUUUCCCUCGCUAUGGCUGUCCUCCUAUGGCCCAUCCUGGUGCGGUACCACCCAUGGCUCUUCCUUAAUCCUUUUCCCAAAGAAUGGGCUCUGUGGCAGUUUUUUUCCGAGGUGUUUUUGAGCCAGAUUCAAGUUUCUGUAUCUGUUGCCUUAACGAAUAGUUCAUUCAAUGUGUGCUGAAUGUAUUAAAGAGAAGUCAAAUUCACUGACCCUCUAUUUUAGGGCACUUUUUACAUUUUCAAUAAAGUUGUGAAUUCUCUACAAUUGUUUUUGCGUGUGGUGUGGGGUCAGUCAGUUGCAUGGGCAAUGCCAUUCAUAGGGAAAGGCGAGGACACCUGCUCUCACGCAGCACUGUCCCUGAGCCACCAUCGGCAGGCCAGGCACAUCCCCGAAGGUGCCCACGUUCCCGGGGCAGGGUUACAGAGACCCACCCUCUCCUCGGCCACCCCGUCCUCCCGCCCCGCGCGCAAGCCCGACCCCGCAGAGGUGCAGGACCGGUGGCGUCAGCCCCUAAGGAGGGACCGGCGGGCUUCCGGGCGGGGCUGGGCCCCAGUCGCCCCGAGGAGCUGGGGCCCAACCGAGCACUGGCAGGGAAACUCGGAAGGGGCUACUCACAGCUCCCGGAGAAGCGGCAGCCUGGUGUGCAUCUGGUGCUCUCCAAGUUGCGUCCGGCGCCUGCCCCGCGGGCGGACCAGACCGGGCCGCGCGGCCUUCCAGCGGGAGGGUCCGGCGCCUGCGGAGGCACCGCGAGGCGAGACCCCCUUCCAGGCCGGCGCUGGGCUCGCUCUCUCUCCCCUGUCCCCCACUCCCCAGGGGUGCAGGGCCCGGCAUCGCUCGGCCCCCAGCUCGCAGCUGCCGGGCACCUUUCCGCGAAAUCCUGCCUAUGGCCCGCCGUCCUCGCGUGCGGUCAUUUCAAGUCCGCAGCUGAGAAAGGACCUGGGUCUUUGUCCCCUCGGACUUGGGGUGGCGGAGGGGCUCCUGCGGAACCCAGACCGUGUACCUGGUGCCCGAUCGGGUUGUUUACACUGGCACACACAGCCCUUCUCGUUGCCAGGACGACCCCGGCCCCGGGGACGAGUUUUGCCGGUGCACCCAAAAUGUCUCCCCCCGUCCCCCAGGUUUGGGUUGUGGCGCCGCAGCGGGGUCUGUGAGCCGGGGCGUCGCAGAUCUCCCGGAUCUGAUAUCGGGGGCCACCACCCCCCCCACCCCCCCGCGGUGGGGAUGGUUCCAGGCCGUGGCCUCGGGUUGGCGGAAGCGUAGGCUCCCAUCGAGGCCGGUCCUCCGCCCCCCGCCCCUCCCCCAGCGCUGCGAAGCCGCAGGCUGUCUGCGUAGCCGCCGCCGUGACUCACCUUCUUCUUCCCUGCCGGGACCUGGACGGCCUGGGUCUGUAGCCGUGGGCCCUCCACCCAGGCUCCGCAAGCCCAUCCUACAUCUCCCCGGGCAGGUGUGUUUGCAGGAACAGUCUGGGCACCAUCGUCGUUUCUGACCCCAGGAUCCUUGCGUGUAAAUAGCAAUUUUUGAAACCACUUCUGCAGGAGGUGAGCCUUCAGGGCUGUGCCGAGAUGAAGAGGAGAAGGGAUAAGCCUCGCAGCUGGAAGAAAUGCUGAGCUCGCUGCCCGGAGGACACCACACCCCCCUGGGACUGCCUCGCAGAGACUGCGCUGCUGAGGCGGCCUAGAGAGGUUUCAGAUAUUUAGUGAUUCUGUGCAUUUAGAGGGGACAUAUUUCCUGGAUAAGUAGCAAAUUGUGCAGAUGUCUUCUGGAAGACCUUCGUUGUAAGCAGCUUUAUGGUGGAACAUUUCAUUUCGAAGUCUGCACCUUCUUCCUUCAGCUUGCCGUGAUCUACGUUCACAGAAUAGAACCUGUAUUGAUUAUUGCGACCCAGUUUGCUCCAGGUUUCUGGAUUGAAUAAAUAUCAGGCGCAAGACCUACAGCGCUGCCCCAGUACCUCUAGCUCCACUAAAUACGAAGAGAGGGAUCAGGCUUGGCUGCUUCUCGGAACAUCUUGGAAGAUCUGGCGGAACGUGGUGGUGGCAGACGCCUAGGGUCUGGAAGGAGGGAAGAACGAAUCUGCAAGGCGCAGGUGCCCAGAGAAUAGAUCUGAAGCCUUCUUGCUACACACGGAAAAGGUAACUGUGUGAGGUGACGGAUGCGUUCAAAUUAACUUAAUUGUGGUCAUCGUUUCACAGUGUCUACAUAUAUCAAAUCGUAUUGCACACUUUAAGUAUAUACAAUAUUAUUUGUCCAUUAUAAUUAAAGCUGGGAAAAAUUAAAAAUAGUGUCAGAUCCAUCCAUUGAUGGUUCUGUCGAGCUGAACUAUCUCUUUACUGCUUGUCUGCCUACUGGAUCUGUCAGCUACUAAUAGAGGGAGUGUUGAAAUCCCUCACAUUAAUAGUGGAUUGUCUAUUUCUGCAUUUUUAUCAGUUUUUGCCUCUUGUAUUUUGACGCUUUGUUGUAAAGUGCGUAUAUUUCGGAGAUUAUUGUGUCUUCUUGGAGAAUUGACUCCCUUGUUAUGUAAUACCCUCUUUACCCCUGCUAAGUUUCUUGUUCCAGUGCCUUUUUUUGUCUGAAAUUCACGUAGCUACUCCAGCUUUCUUUUGACUCGUGCCGGCUCGGUUCACCUUGCCCUACUCUUUUACUUUUAAUGCAUAUGUGUUUUUAUAUUUAAAUUGGGUUUCUUGUGGACAGCAUAUAGCCGGGUCUUGUUUUGCAUCUACCCUUAGGGUCUCUUCUUGCAAUUGGCGUAUCUAGACCACUCCCUUUUGAAGUGAUUACUGACACAGUUGGAUUUACAUCCACCAUGUUCGUGAAAAUUUUGUACCUGCUUCACUUAUUCUUUGUGUUCUUUUUAAUCUUCCUGUUUCUGCCCUCUCUUUUAAUUGAGCAUUUUUUAUUGUUCCAUUUUCUCUUCUCGCUCAGCGUAUCAGUUAUAUUUCUCUUUAACUUCUUGGUGGUUUCCCUAGACCUGGACUGCGCGACGUAAGUCUCCAACCAGUCCAGGUCCGCCUUCAGAUGACACUGCAGCGUGGGCGUAACGGACUUCGCAGCCUCUCACCCCAUCCCUUACUAACACUGCUACGUUUAUUGCACUAACCUACCUGCUAUCACCGCGCAGUAUGUUGUGGCCGGUAUUCCUUUGAACAGUCGUCCAUUAGAUUAAGUAAGACUAAGAAAAAUAAAAUACGCGAUUUUGAUCUUCACGUGUUCCUUCUGUGACCCCUUUCCUUUCGUUUACGUAGAUCCAAAUUUCUGACCAACGCCAUGUUCCUUCUCUCUGAAGAGCAGCUUUUAACGCUUACCCGCAACGACAGUUCUCUCAGUUCUGUUGCCUGAACGUUAUGGACUGAAUUGUGUUCCCCUCCAAAGUUGAUAUGUUGAAGCCGUGACUCCCAGCAUGACUGUAUUUGGAGACAGGGCCUUUAGAGAGGUGAUGAAUGUCCACCGUGGUGAUAAGGGUGGAGCCCGGCUGCAGUAUGACUGGCGUCCUCGUAAGAAAAGGAAGAGACGCCAGGGAUGGGCACUUACACAGAGGUAAGGCCAUGUGAGAAGACAGCCAUCUCCAAGCCAAGCGGAGAGGCCUCCGAAAAGGCAGCACUGAUCUUUGCACCUUGAUCAGAGCACCUUGAUCUUUGACUUUCAGGCUCCAGAACUGAGAGAAAAUAAUUUUGUUGUUUAAGCCCCCAAUUUGUGGUAUUUUGUUUUGGCGGCCCUAGCAGACUACUACACCAACAAAGUCUUUAUUUUCCCUUACUUCUGAAGGAUGGUUUUUCUCCUUGGUUGGUGGGUUUUUUUUUUUUUUUCCAACCCUUUAAAUAUUUCAUGCUACCCUCCUUGCUUGCAUGAUUUUUGAAGCAAGUCCGAUAGAAUUCUUACCUUUGUUCCCCUCUAGGUAAGAUGUUUUUCUUCUCUGACUUUUUAAAAGACUUUUCCCUGGCUUUAUGCAAUUUGAAUAUGAUCUGCCUAGGUGUGUGAGUGCGCGCGUGCCUGUCUGUGUACGUGUGCGUAUUGGCAUUUAUUCUGUUUGGCGUUCUAUGAGAUUCCUCGAUUUGUGCUGUGGUUUCCGUCACGGAUUUUAGAAAAAUCCCAGCCGUUAUUAUGUCAAAUAGUUGCUUUUUCUCUUUCUUCUGCUUUUGACAGUCUCCUUAUACAUGUGCUGUAUUUUGGUGAUUGCCUCACAGUUAAUAGAUAGUCUGUCCCAAUUUUUAUUAUUUUUUCUCUUUACAACUCAGUUUGGGAAGUUUCUAUUGACCUAUCUUCAAGUGCUCGGAUUCUAUCCCCAGCCCUUUCCGAUCACCUGACGCGUCCAUCAGAUGAUGUAGACUAUUUCUGUUAUAGUGUUUUCUGUUUCUAGUAUUUCCUUUAUAUUCUUUCUUAGGGUUUCUGUCUCUCCGUUAUUAUAUGUACACUAUCUGUUCUUGCAUGUUGUCCACUUUUUCCAUUAAAGCCCGUAGCACAUGAAUCCUACUUCUUUAGUUUCCCAUCUGAUGAUUUCACAAUCUCUGCCGUAUGUGACUGAACCUGGUUCUGACACCCACUUUGUCCCUUCAGAUCGUUUCUUCUUCCCUUGUGUCAUGCCAUGUAACUUUUGUUGUUGUUGAAAGCCAGUCAUGAAUUAUCAGGUGUUAGGGAGUAAAUUGGCCGUUCGUAUGAGAGUUAUUUUUAUCUGGCUAGGAGAUCUGCUGUAUUUACUCUUUUCUGUACCUGUAGUGUCAGAGGAUUCAGUUUCCACGAGUGUCUUUGUUUUUUGUCCCCCAGCAUCUUUCAUUUCCCUAGACAACCCUUCUUAAGUAGAAUCUGAGCCUUGGCGCUCUCUGAGCAGUAAUCCACUGCUAUUAGGCAGGAGCCCUGUUGAUGUUUGCUCAGGUCUGGACUGAGAAGCAUCCUGUAAUCCUGGGAUUAGGUCUCAGUCGUUCAGUGUACCUGUCCCCCUGGGCUGGGAUCUUCUCCGGUGUUUCUCAGCUUUUUUCCCCCACCUUAUGUGAAGAAGGAAGGCUAUAGGGGGCCUGAAGUUUGGGGAUUUCCCUCAUCCCAAGUCCAGGGAGGCUUCUCCCUUGCUGGGUAGGCCUUUCUUGUGGAGAAUGCUCUUGGCUUCUUUCAAAAUGGUUACCUCUCGCCUCUCCCUGGCCCAACAGGAGGCAAUUUUGCUCUGAUCGUUACCAAGAAAACCUGGUGAGGAUUCUAGAGGCAGACACCAUGAUGGUGGAGGGAAGGGCUACCUUAGAUGGCCCCCCUGCCAGGAGUUCUCUCAGACCAGUCCAUGCUCAGCACCCCCCCGCACCCCAGCAGGUCAGGGAAGCUGCCAUGUAAGUUACUGCCUCGGGUUUGCUGAGUUGCAUUCAUGGUAACCUGUGGUUUCUAGAAUCCCCAGCUCCUUCAGGUUUGGGGUGUGGUUUGUCCCAUGAGCUCAGUUCUGUGACAUAUCCAAAAAGAGUCACUGGUUCUGUUUUCCUCGUUGUGAAGGUGGGUGAUGAGUUGCAAGCACUUUACGUGUUCAAGUCGAGUCUUUCCUUUGCGUUUUAGAUGUUAUUUCCUUAGCUCUACGGACAUAUCUGGUAAAAGUCUUUAUCUAGUAAUCCCAUGCCUGUGCUUCCUUAGGGACAGUUCUCUUGAUUGCCCCCCGCCCCCCCCCCGCCAUACAUGGGCCAUACAUUCUAGAUUCUUCACGUGCCUCGUAAAAUUUUACUGAAAACUGGACAUUGUGAAUAUCAUAAUGUGGCAACUCUGGAAAUCAGAUUCCCCUCCUGGCAGGCUCCGUUGUCGCUGCCUGUUGUAGUUAUCGUUUAUUUAGGACUUCUCUGAAUUAAUUCUGCAAAGACUAUUUUUUGUAUAUGGCCACUGAAGGCUUAGCUUAGUUAGUGGUCGGCAAAUGGUGGACAGAGAUUUCCUUCAGUGCCUGGAACGCAUCAAUCUCCCGGUCAUUUCCGAGAGACUCAGUGUGUGUGUGUGGCUUUCAUCAUUCAGUCAGGCAGUUUACAAGUCUGUAGUAACCUUCACUAGCCUCAAGGUCAGCCAGGGUUGGGAAGUUAGGGCUUCCUCACACUUUCUUGAGCAUGCACAAUGCCCUAAACGUGUACUUGGCCUUCUAGAUUCCGAGGAAUAUGUCAGAACUUUUCGAAGCUCCUGUGGACUGUGGUGGCCCAACCGAUUCUGUUAAGCUUUGUGGUUAGUCUGGUAAACUUCCCUCAAAGGUUACCUUUCGCCUUAGGCAUCCCCCGCCCCAAACACUUUCCAGUGAAUGUUUUUGGCCAGUGCCCUCAAGAAGAGAUUUUUUUUUUUUUUUAGCAUUAGAGGAACUCCUAGUCAGUUCAGAUAAAGACGAGUCUUUGGAGGAAGGUCUUCCAGUGAUCCAUUAGGUUAAAUAAUGAAUAUUUGGGGGGAAUGAGGCUUUAAAAGAAGACCACUCUGCUCCUUCCUAUACUGAAAGGGAGUACACAUAAUCCUGUAGACUGUGGAUUAUAAUGGACCUGGGGGGUAGGAAGAAUGGGGAGUAAUUGCUAACAAGUCGGAUUUCUUCUGAGCAUGAAGAAACAUUCUGAAAUUAGCGUUGAUGAGUGGCACAGCCUUGUGAAUAUACUAAAAACCACUGAAUUAUGCACUUUAAGAUGAUGUGUGAAAUAUGUCAAUAUAAACAAGAAUUGAAGUUCUGAUACAUGGGUGAACCUUGAAAAUAUGACGCUGAGGGAAAGAAGCCACACAGAAUAGGCCUUAUAUUUUAUGAUCCCAUUUGUUAGGAAUGUCCAGAAUAUUGAAAUCCAUGGACAGAAAGUCGAUGAGUGGUUGCCAGUGGCUGGGGAAAGGGGAAGUGGUGAGUGAUUGCUAAUGGGUAUGAAGUUUCUUUUCGGGGUGAGGAAAAUGUUCUGGAAUCAGAUAGUGAGGAUUGAGGCACCAAUUUGCAGAUACAGUAUACUAAAAACCACUGAAUUGUACAUUUUAACAGGGUGAACAUCGUGGUAUAUGAAUUAUAUCAAUUAAAAAAUGUUCGUAAAGGAAAAUGUAAUGCCAUAGAGAGCAUAAAUGCGUUCAUGUAUUCAAAAAAUAUUUAUGGAGUAUGUACUGCUUAUCUGACCUGUCUAGGGACCAGGGACCAGGAAUUGAACAAAAGUCCUUCCCCUCAUGGCCUGGCAGGUGCAGUCUGAAGAGUGCGUGACUCUUCAUCUCGGGGUCGUGAGUUCGAGCCCUGCACUGGGUGUAGAGAUGAGUUAAAAAUAAAUCAAUAAAUAAACUUAAAAAAAGUCCUUCCCCUCCUGGACAGUAUAUUCUGGUAUUAGAAGAAAAGAAGUAAGAUAAAUAGCUAAGAACUAGGGUCUCGGGCAGUGCAAAGGGACAAAUAAAGCAGGGAAGGAAGAGUGGCGUCAUUAGAUUUUAGACCACCUGAAUAAGCAGAUGGCAUUUUAGCAAAGAUCCGAAGGGUGGUCACAAGGCGAGCCAUGAGAAUAUCUCAGGGAAGAGCCUUCCAGGCAGAGGGAGCAGCACGUGCAAAGGCCCUGAUGCGCCGCUGGGCGCGACAGUUGAGGAACAGCAGGGGGAGGAGUGUGGCUGGAGUGAAGAAGGUAAAAAGGGAGAAGGUAGGUGGAGUCGAAGCCAUAACAGUGGCGAAGGGGAGGGGCUCAGACUGCAUUGGUUCUUGCAGGCCACUGUCAGGAAUUAACCUUCAUCUUGCGCUCAGAGUGACCAGUGGGCUUUCCAGGGUCAGAAAUUCCCAUCUGUCCCUUUCGGAUGCUAUAGGAAGUUCCUUUUUUGGAACAGGCUCUCCCUCCUUGGGCCACUAAGCCCCACAGCGAGUGCCAGCGUGAACACUAUGUUUAACAGAGUAUCAGAGAUUUCUCGGGACAUGUACAGUGAUGAGAUAAUGCAGACACUGGAAAACAGGAUCGUGCUUUUCACCAUCAAAGACUGUCACAGUCUGAUUGUGGAAGUCAGGUGGGGCGCAGUGUUCACUUAUUCUAGCCGUCGAUAUCAUCUCCUAGGGUUUCUGUACUCGAAGCUUUUGAUAAAGCCAGAGGCUGUUUGCAUCUUGCCGGUUGACCGAGCUGACAUGCUCAGCUUCCUGACGCGAGCUCCCCGGUUUGCCUCUGGCCCGGUUGCACUUUGUGCAUUUACUUUGUGCUAUCCAUUUCGUCUCUCCGCGGGCUGUGAAUUUCCCCCGGGGGGUGAAGAAAGGGUUCUGGGAAUAGUGAGGACUGAUGCACAAAUUUGCAAAUCGACUAGAAACCCGUGCAUCGUACAUCGUAACAGGGUGAACAUCAUGGUAUGUGCAUUGUACCUCAAUAAGAAUGUUGUUUUUAAAAAGACAGAAUAAUGCCAUGGAGAGCAUAAAUCCGCUCAUAUAUUUUAAAAAUGCCUGUGGAGCGUUUACCGUUUACCUGCCAUUUAUUUCUAGGGACUGGGGACUGAGAACGGAAGGAAAAUGCUUUCCCCGGUAGGCCAUAUAUUCUGGUAUUAGAAGAAAAGCGGGGAGGUCGCUUUUCUUAACAAUAUCUCCGAUCGCUUCUGUGAGUGACUCUGAAGCACACUCAGGAGUCUCCAAUAAUUUGUUCUCUGGUUUCCUGAUGGUGCUUCACGUAUGAUCUAGUCCGUUGUUCCUGCUCACGAGGGUCCCAAAAGGCAACAAGUGAACUUCCCUCAAAGCAGACCAACGCGGUGAUGCUUUGUUCAGAAUUGCCAAAACCUGGAAGGAACCAAGAUGUCCUUCAGCAGGUGAACGGGUGAAUAAGCUGUGGUACGGCCAGACGGUGAAAUAUUAUUUAGCAUUAAAAAGAAACGAGCUACCAAACCGUGAGAAGACAUGGACGAACCUUAAAUGCAUUGUCACUGAGUGAAAAGGCCAGUCUGAAAAGGCUCCGUGCUGUAGGAUUUCCAGCUAUAGGACAUUCUGGAAAAGGCCAGACCGUGGAGACGGGAAAAAGAUCAGUGGUGGCCAAGGGUUGCGGGUCAGGGGAGGAGGAGUAGCCGGAGCACUGGAUUUUUCGGGCAGUGCAGCGACCCUGUGUGACACGUCGAUGAUGGCUGCGUGUCCCUGUACAUUGGUUCAAAUCCAUAGAAUGUACAGCAUUAAGAGCCGCCUGGUUGAUUCUCCAGACUCGUGUGGAGUCUCCUCCUCACUCCCGCUAUCCAGCCACAUGGCCUCUUCUAGAAAAUAUGAACCCUCCCCACCUCAGGAUCUUUGCCCAAAACCUCGCUCCUGGCGUAUUUCAUACUUAGUCUUCAGGAUCGGCUUUCAUGUCCCUCCCUCGGAGUGGCCUUUCUUAACCUCACAAACCUAAAUCUGAAUCUAUUAAAUUCUCUCUCCUUGUGCCAUGUUCCUUACAUGGACACACUUACCACCUCUGUGGAUUUAUUAGUUUACUGUCCGCAUCCCCAGUUGGGUGGCAGAUUUCAUGAGUGUAAGGAAGGCACCUGCCGUGUUCGCUGAUGUAUUCCCAGCACGUAGCCUGGGGCCCGACGGGAGGAGGUGCUCAGUUGACCUGUCGAAUGCGGGAAUAAAUGAGUGGACUCUGUGAGGUUGAUGUUAUUAGGUCAGAGUACUUCAGCGAUUUACCUGCUGCCACACAGCUAGCAAGGGGACAGAAAUGGAGGAGACCUCAGAAUUACAGUUCCUAGGUGAAUAUACCAUGUAGGAAAGUAUUUGCUAAGGGGAUGGAAAGUAGGGGUGGGGGGUGGGGGGGUGGGGGGGCGUGGAGCUGGCAGGUGAGAAGAUUCCAGACCAGUGACUCUCAGGGAGAUGGCCCCAGGCGUGUUGGGGGGUGGGGGGAUGGGGUGAGAAUGUGCAAGAUGCAUAUUCAGUAUUUUACAUUUGUUGAAAAAUACCUUCUGUUUUCAUAAAACAGACCGCUGAAAGACUGUCCCUUCCCUGGCUGGGAAGGAAAAUAGGAAAUAGGGCGCCUUUUCCUCUAAGGGCAGAUUUUUCAGUUUCCCAGAAGGAAGCAGGUUUACAAGGCCAUGGGGAAACGGCUGCCCAAGGGCAUUCUAGCACUUACCUAAGCAGAGUGGAGGGCAGGAGGGCAGGAGGGCGCAGGCGAUGUCGGGGCGCGGGCCGUGCCAGGACCCUGUUCGCACAGGGAGAGCAGGUCGGGGUGACAGCACCCCACAAGCUGCACGCUCCACCCCCAUCUCACAGACCGCCCUUCCCACCCUCCAGGCUGCACGUGGCUUCGACUCCCCGCGCCCCUCCAACCACAGCCCCCACCCCUCCAUCCGCACCCAACCGCAGCUCCGUUUCACCCCCCAUCACUGCCAUAGGCUUCGCAUCGGCCCAGUCUUGCCUCAUCCCACCGCCCAGACUAGUCUCGUCGCCCUCCUCUGCCAGGCGGCGGUGCCCGCGCUUGUCUGUGACACUAGCGUGCUGGCGUGUCCGUGAGGGACAGGCUCGCGGUUAACAGCCAUGCGCACGGGGAGAAGCCAACGUUGUGUGCAGUAGGGCCGGCAGCUGGGGUUGUGCUUGGACGGUUUGCUUUUGUUGUUCUUUGGCUUGGAUUGGGGGCGGGGGGCUGCUAUUUGGGCAUGUAGUGGUUUUUCUGUGUGCAUCUGUCUGUCAAUGUAUAGGUUCCAAAUCGUUUUUCUGGGAAAAGACCCUUAUUUUUCUAGAGUGAUUUGACCCAUUUUUGGUGAAAUGCAUUAACUUUCCCCUUUCGAAAGACUGAUGGGGAGGGAAUAAUGGGAAUGACUUCAUAUGCCAAAGAAAACAGAUAAGGUGUGAAGAGACGUUUUAUCAACAUUUAAAUCUCCACGUGCCGUUUUGGUUUUGUUUUUAAGAACUUCGCUAGGAAUGAAAUUGACUAAGUCAAAGAAUGUUAGAGCUGGAAGAAACUUUUGAAACGAAACCAGCUUCUCAUUAUUAUUUACGUAGAACAAGAGGCCCAGAGAGGGUAAGUGACUUGUCCAAAGUCACAGAGCACUUGAAUGCCGUUGGGGCUGAUUUCCAGCCUGGAGCUCAAGUGGGAAGCGCAGUAUCUCUCAGUGAAAAGACAGUCGUGUGAUUUUUAAAGAUUUUAUUCUAUUUUUUAUUGUAUGGUUAUUGUAAGAGAAGUUGGGAGAACUUAAUGUUUUAAUUUGCCUGGAGUUCCUACCACUUCAAAAUGAUCCUUGUGAGUAUUUUUGCUGUAUAAUUUUCCAGACUUUCUAAUGUAUGUGUAUCCUGGUAAAAAAAAAAAAGCGCCGUAUUUAUUAAAAUUGGUUCACACUGUGCACACUUCUUUGCAAUGUAAUUCGUAACAGAUGCAUAACUAUUGUAUUGAAUGGAUGUACCUUCAUUAACUUAAUCAGUCCCUAAGAUAGACAUAUAAGCUUUUUCAAAUGUUAAGCUCUUAUAAAAGAUGCUGCAUUAAAGAUUCCUGUUUGUA